UCAAAAGGCGGCCGUCUCGGGGCCGUCUUGAGCACCGCCAGCUUGCGGAAACAAUGUGGGUACCGAUACGAGGGGUACAAAACGGGCACAUCCUCGCCCAGAAACACACUGGGGGUCGUAUUGGGCAAAGAAUAUCGGCGUGCGGGCGGGGAAGAGUCUCGACCAGAAUGAGGCGAACGGGCCGGCGGGGUGUCCGUCGAUGGCCACGAACUGUGCGGUCCAGAAGGGGAAGUCGAUCACCCCGAGGGCGACGUAGGCCGCGAUGCCGUCCAUCUGGAGGCUGGACAAUUCACUGCCUUGCCUGAUAUCGCAAUGGGGAGACAUAUACAUUUGUCGGUGUGUGGCUCCGUGUCUCUCUGAUCGACCUCGCCAUUGCGAAAACGGGCUGCUCCACCCAUUCCUUCUCCUCGCAGCUGACGUCACCUGCACGUCACCGCACAAGCACGUGUCUGUCGCCCAUGUGAGCAGUCUUGUUCGUUGCCAAUGUCCCUCACCUGAGUAGAUCACCGCCCGCCUCACCGCUUUGUCCGGCGUCUCCUUCCCACCACCCUUGACGCCCUCCUUCUGCGCGUCCUUUGCUGUGCCGAUCUUCCAAUCAGCAUAGAGGGGGUCCGUUGUGGGCAGCGGUGAAGAGUGGUCCUCGAUGCACGCCGCGCUGAUGCAGCGGGCUGGCAACGGAGACGCGCCGAGGUCGGUGAGGUUCACUUUGACGUUCUCGUAGACACACAACUGGUCUCGUGGGUCGGCCGAUAUGUCGUAGCAGUUGAUGGUGGAGUGCAGGGCCUUCCGCAGCUGGAUCCAGUUGCUCGAAGACGUGUCGAGCGGCAUGGCCGUGAAAUGGCUCGGCGGCCCACCACGGGCCUCCCCACCGUCCCUUAUGUCUUCGGGGGGUCUCUUCUUUUCUGCCACAGCCGGCACCGGCUGCUGUGCGUCGGGGAGGGAGGGAGACGGCUCGCUUCUCUCCCUGCUGCUCCACUCGAACAUGUCGUCCCCUCGUGCAUGCGGCGAAGGAGUGAAAGUGUCCUUCUGCCUGCCGGUGGUGGUGUGACCUCUUGGCCGCGGAAGGAAGAACUCCGCAAACAGACGGAGGAACCGCUUUGCCGUGAAGUGCAGCUGCUCGCUGCGGUCUCUGAGGAGGCUUGUGCACUGCUGCGAGCGGGUGGAGCGAUACCGGUCAACCAAGGGCAAACCUGCGCAGGCGAGAUACAUAUUGACGUCAAGAGGUGCUCCACAGCGUGUACGUGUCCUUGUUCUUCUCGACCUGCGUAUCUGCGGCAGAAUGCCGACUCGGCCACAGCAUUGUCUGCCGCCCAUAUCUCCUCGUAGAUGGCGGGGAGGGAGUGCCCGACCAUCCUGGAUAGCGGCGAGGGCACCAGAGACGCCGGCGUCCUCCUUUGUCUGCGGCUUCUGUCGUCCCGGUGCCACUGCCCUCUCCCAUGUCGCUGUCGCUGCUGCCGGCGGGUGGUACCGGUGAGUGUGCCAUUGUCUACGGCCAU